AUGUCCUUGCUGUCCUUCCACCAGCCUUGGAGGGAACUAACUAGGGAUGGGGAGAGAUGGGAAGCAGCUGAAUCCGAGUUCUUCCCGUCAUCCCUGUGUCUAGAAAAUAUUCAGUUACCAAACAAAGACUGGCAUGUUAGCUGGAGUGGGCUGCAGGCUUUCUGUUACUUAGCAUGGACAAAAAGACCACAGGAAUCUGCUAAAGUGCUCAUCCUGUGUCAGAGGACACGGUUUCCUCCACAGAUGGAUGCUAAGAGGGUAAUCAGCAAACUGUAUGUGAUUAUAUCUUGCUGUGGGUGCUAUUUCAUAAAUGUCCAAGCCUCGUGGGUCGGCUCGCUGUCCAUGGGCAUGAUCUUCUUCUGCUGCCCCAUAGUCAGUGUCUUCACAGACAUGUUUGGCUGCCGGAAAACAGCUGUCGUGGGUGCUGCCGUGGGGUUCAUUGGACUCAUGUCCAGUUCUUUCGUAAGCUCCAUCGAGCCUCUGUACCUAACCUAUGGAAUCAUAUUUGCCUGCGGCUGCUCCUUUGCAUACCAGCCUUCAUUGGUUAUUUUGGGACACUACUUCAAGAAGCGCCUUGGACUAGUUAACGGCAUCGUCACGGCCGGCAGCAGUGUCUUCACAAUUUUGCUACCUUUGCUUCUAGGGAAUCUGACAGAAAGAGUGGGCCUCUUUAACACACUGAGAGUCCUCUGCAUCUUCAUGUUCGUUCUCUUUCUGGCUGGCUUUACUUACCGCCCUCUUGUUUCCAGCGUCAAAGAGAAAGAGAGCGAGAGCAGCAGAUUCUCCUUCUUUUCCAGGAGAACGUUUAGUCCUCCAAAAAAGUUUUUCAAUUUUGCCAUCUUCAAGGUGACAGCUUAUGCAGUGUGGGCUGCUGGAAUACCACUUGCACUUUUUGGAUACUUUGUGCCUUAUGUCCACUUGAUGAACUAUGUAAAGGAAAGAUUUCAAGAUGAAAAGAACAAAGAGGUGCUUUUCAUGUGCAUUGGCAUCACUUCUGGAGUUGGGCGCCUUCUCUUUGGCCGCAUUACAGACUAUGUGCCUGGAAUGAAGAAGGUUUACCUGCAGGUACUCUCCUUUUUCUUCAUUGGUCUCAUGUCCAUGAUGAUUCCACUGUGCAGCACCUUCGGGGGGCUCAUUGCUGUCUGCCUCAUCAUGGGUCUCUUCGACGGAUGCUUCAUUUCUAUCAUGGCUCCCAUUGCCUUUGAACUAGUUGGUCCUCAGGAUGCUUCCCAAGCAAUUGGAUUUCUACUUGGAUUCAUGUCUAUACCCAUGACUGUAGGUCCUCCAGUUGCAGGGUUACUUCACGACAAGCUGGGCUCCUAUGAUGUGGCCUUUUACCUUGCUGGAAUCCCUCCCUUUAUUGGCGGCGCUGUGCUUUGUUUAAUCCCGUGGAUCCAUAGUAAGAAGCAGAGAGAGACCACUAAGAGCACUGGAGGGGAGAAGAUGGAGAAGAUGCUGGAGAACCAGAACUCUCUACUCUCAAGCUCCUCUGGGAUCUUUAAAAAACAAUCCGACUCUAUUAUUUAA